UCCACGAGAGAGAAUGCGAAAGGAGAGAGGAGGAGAGGGGAAGAGAGAGGGGACCGCGCCGUUGAAAAGUGUUCAGGGCACGAUUGAUAAAAGGAUACCGGCAGUUUGAAUCGUCCGCGGCACUCGGGCAAAAGACAGAUUGAUUGAAAAGGGGCACUUUGAGAUAUGAUGAGGUUUAUUUUUGGUUGGCAAUAGUACUAUGAUUUGGUAUGUGGCCACUUUGAUAGCAAGUGUUUUCAGCACCCGAGCAACGGCAGCUCAAGGUGCCCCCCGCGGAGUGCAGGACGAGCCCCAGUUUGUGACGGCGCGCGCGGGCGACAUCGUCAUCCUGGGAUGCGACGUGCCCCACCCCCUCAACGGUCAGCCCUACGUGGUGGAGUGGUUCAAGUAUGGAAUGCCCAUCCCCUUCUUUAUCAACUUCCGCUUCUACCCCCCACAUGUGGACCCCGAGUACGCUGGCCGAGCCAGUCUGCAGGGCAAGUCUUCCCUGCGGAUAGAGAAUGUGCGCUCCGACGACCAGGGCUGGUACGAGUGCAAGGUGCUGAUGCUCGAGCAGCAUUAUGACACCUUCAACAACGGCAGCUGGGUGCAUCUGACCGUCAACGCUCCGCCCACCUUCACGGAGACGCCCCCGCAGUAUGUGGAGGCCAAGGAAGGGGGCAGCAUCACCCUGACCUGCACGGCCUUUGGGAACCCCAAGCCUUCCGUGGGCUGGCUGCGCGAGGGCAACCUGCUGGUCAACAGUGCCAAGUACAAGGUGUCUGAUGGCAGUCUCUCGGUGCUGACCAUCCACAGGGAUGACAGAGGGGCGUACACCUGCCGAGCUUUCAGCCCCCAAGGAGAGGUCAUCCACACCACACGUCUGCUCGUACAAGGCCCUCCGUUCAUCGUUUCGCCACCAGAGAACAUCACGGUAAACAUUUCCCAGGACGCCUUCUUCACCUGCCAGGCCGAGGCCUACCCGGGCAACCUGACCUACACCUGGUUCUGGGAGGAGGACAACGUCUUCUUCAAGAAUGACCUGAAGCGCAGAGUCAGUAUUCUUAUUGACGGUUCCCUCAUCAUCGCUCAAGUCAAGCCCGAGGAUGCUGGGAAAUACACUUGUAGCCCUAGCAACAGCCUGGGUCAGGCCCCAACUGCCUCGGCCUACAUGACAGUGCAAUACCCUGCCCGCGUUCUGAACAUGCCCCCCGUCAUUUACGUGGCCAUCGGUCUACCCGGCUUCAUCCGAUGUCCCAUCGACGCCAACCCGCCGGUCACCAUGGUGAAGUGGAAGAAGGACGGCCUUCCUCUACGGAUAGAAAAGUACCCCGGCUGGAGCCAGACGGAUGACGGGAGUAUCCGCGUGGCGGAAGUGACGGAGGACUCUCUGGGCACCUACACCUGCAUGCCUUACAACGCCCUGGGCUCCAUGGGAUGGUCCACUCCGGCCCCCCUGGUGCUAAAGGACCCUCCCAAGUUCUCGGUGGUUCCUGGAGGGGAGUACAGGCAGGAAGUGGGCAGAGAGCUCGUGAUCCCCUGCGAGGCGGAGGGGGACCCCUUCCCCAACAUCACCUGGAGGAAGGUAGGGAAGCCCAGCAGAAGCAAGCACAACGUCCUGCCCCGGGGCAGCAUCCAGUUCAAGUCGCUCACCAAGGAAGACCACGGCGAGUGGGAGUGUGUUGCCACCAACGUAGCUACGAGCAUCACUGCCAGCACCCACCUCCUAGUCAUAGGCACAAGCCCGCACGCCCCUGUCAGCGUCCACGCGGUAGCGUCCUCCACCUGGGCCAACGUGUCCUGGGAGGCCGGCUAUGACGGAGGCUUCCCGCAGACAUUUUCAGUCUGGCUGAAGAGGGAGCGGCUGGGACCCCACGACUGGCUGUCGGUCCCGGUGCCGGGGGGCCAGCCGUGGCUGCUGGCGGCCGGCUUGGAGCCAGAGACGGCCUACCAGUUCAGCGUGCUGGCCCAGAACAAGCUGGGGACGGGCCCCUUCAGCGAGGUCGUCACUGUGAACACACUAGUAUUUCCUAUAAGUACCCCCGAGCCAUUGGUGCUGCUUACCCAACCACGGUGCCUCACAGCCAAUCGCACGCAGCAGGGAGUCCUGCUCACUUGGAUCCCGCCGGCCAAUCACACCGCACCGAUCCAGCAUUACAUCAUGGAGUUCCGGCUGGGCGAGCGCUGGGACGUGCUGGACGACAGCAUCCCCGCCAGCGAGACGGAGCUGCUGGCUCGCGACCUGAUUCAGGAAGCCUGGUAUGAGUUCCGCAUCAUGGCCGUCAUGGACGACCUGGUCAGCGAGCCCAGCAACAUAGUGGGCGUGUCCAGCACAGAUUUCUUCCCGCCUCCGGAGAUGGUGGAGGAGGGCGGUCUGGCGCGUCCCGUGGUGGCGGGCAUCGUCGCCACCAUCUGUUUCCUGGCCGCCGCCGUCCUCUUCAGCACCCUGGCCGCCUGCUUCGUCAACAAGCAGCGCCGGCGCAAGCUCAAGAGGAAACGAGACCCACCUUUAUCAAUCACACACUGCAGAAAGAGCGUGGAGGCAGCUUUGUCAUCAGGGAAGGUGAGUCCAGAGAGCAUGCAUUCCAAGGAGACUCCCUCAGACUCAUCUGACGAUGGCCUUGACUUGCACCUCAAGAAGAUUCCCACAAGCCCCGGGAGGAAAGAGGAACUAUCUUUAUACAAGAAGACCAAAAGAGCAAUAAUAAGCAAGAAGUACGGCAUUUCCAAGCACGAAGCUGAGGCCACAACACCGAUUGAACUGAUCAGUCGAGGACCGGAUGGACGCUUUGUAAUGGACCCCUCGGACGUCGAAAUGUCUGUGAAGCCCAGACGAAUCGAGGGCUUCCCGUUCGUGGAGGAGUCAGACCUUUACCCUGAGUUCCGACAGUCGGAUGAAGAAAACGAUGACCCCAGGCCUUUACCACCCGUCAUGGCUACACUUAGGCCUCACCAGAUAUCCCCCAUCUCCAGCCAGGAGUCCUAUCUGAGGCCCCCUGCCUACAGCCCUCGCUUUCAGAGGCCCUUGGAAGGUAUGACUAUCAUGGAGAGCAGUCGACUCCAGGCCACAGGGCAAAUCCGGAGCUCCCUCCACCACAGAGCGUUCUAUGGAUACCUAGGCAGCCAUAGAGACCAUGACCCCCCUCCUCCUUUCUACAUGCCGGAGACAAGCCCGCUCAGCUCUGUCAUGUCCUCCCCUCCGUACCUCACCGAAGGUCCGUUCGGUCACCCGAUGAUUCCCGAAGACAUGGGGGACGGCGAUUACCAACAGUACGCCGUCUCCGGUUUCCCCCUUCCCUUGACACUCGCCUCCUCGUCCCGUUCACCGGAGAUAUGGCAGGGGGUGGACUUCACGUUCGCAAGUCUAGAGGGACCACACUUUAUCUUCCCCCCACCACGCCCUUUCCACCUUCACCGCCACGACUCUCCCUACCCACCCCCGCCUCCUCCUCAUGUCCUUCCCCUUAGCUCCUUCCAGCCCCCUCCUCUACCGAUGCCCACCUACCCCGCUGUCCUGCCACUUGAGGCUUCCAAGGGCCGCCUAGGGAAGUCGCCAAGUAAGGCCAGGCCUCGAGGCUCCCCAGCCAGGCAUAUAACUAUGCAAGAGGCUCAUCUAGGGCAGCUAAGGCAUACAAGUCACGGCAUGGGUGUGCCGGUUUUACCUUACAAUGAACAAAUGGCACGAAUAGUCCCCAGCACAUUCAGCAGCCUGGACACUCGGUGGUUUGAAACCGCCCCUCGUUUCAGCCCCAGGCAGGUUCGUAGAAUGGAUCCCGGAAUACAUCAAGUGGUCCUCCAACCCUCCCGACUCUCUCCCCUGACCCAGAGCCCUCUUAGUUCUCAUCAGGGCUCUCCGGAGAUCUUAGUGCGUCCCCGACCGCGUCCCAGCAUUGUCCAACCUCCCAUACCUCCGGAGAUGUCUGAGAUCACACUCCUUCCUCCUUCCACAGCCAGCUUCUCAAGGAGAUCCUCUCCCUCCUCCUCACCUGCCAAAGGCCAGGCUAGCAGGAGGGCAAGUCCAAGCUUCCGUUCCCACAUGGCCUUUGCCACCUCUGCAACCAGCUACCCGUCCCAGUCCCCUUCACCCCCCAUGGAAAGCAGCAACAUGUUUGGGCAGAUGCCAUCUCAGAGGAGGACUGAGGAGGGGAUACUUCCAUCUGAGCCCUCUCCACCCCAGUUGUCAGCUUCAGGAAGACGCAGAGGUGCCCCCAGUGCCCAGCCGGGGUCUGAGAGGAUUGACGCACUGAAAUACCAACGUAUUAAGAAGGCAAAGAAGAUGAUGAUGAACAACAAUAACUCCAAGGCCAGAAGGAAAACAGGUGUCUCCACCUCUCAGACCCAGCAGGCCUACACCUCUCAGGAACCCCCGCCCGAAGAAGCUCUCUACCUCCGCAAGAAGAAGAAACGGCCCAUCCGCCACGACCCGUACAUCCGCUUCUCGGCCCUGCUGUACCGCCGCCCACUGCAGGAGGACCAGAGGGCCAUCCUGGCCAGCAUGGACAGCAUGGACCUGGACCACGCCACCCUCCUCUGAGCGGCCCUUCAGUCAAGGUCAACGCAUACGCGCCAGUCCUGCCUCUGAAACAACAACUAGCUGCAUCAAACUCGGGCGGCAAACAAACGAAAUACAAAAGUAAUUGUUACAAGGACAACAACCAAAAGAGAAGGUUGUGUCCCGGGUUUGGAAAUAGAAUCACAAUUACCGUAGAAAACGGGAAUGCGGCUGAACUUUAGGAUUUAGAUAUGUGGUUCCGCUGCCUUCGGAAAAAAAAGGUUUUGUGUAAUUGUUCACUUUUUCCCAUCCAAUGGGCGAAAGAAUAGUUCAGUAGAAAUGUGUAUCAGCCAUGAUCCGAGAUGUCAUGGAGAUACGCACGGUGACGUUCUCAGCAAAAAUAAAAAUCGUUGACAAAAUGAUAAAAAAAAAAAGGAAUCAGUAUAAGCGAGACAUUAUAAUUCAUACAACAACACAAUAUGAAAAGUAGAAAGAGUAAUUGAAUUGAAACAGUCAUUUGAACCUCUUAUUUAGUUUCCACUGUGCUAUUCAUAGCAGCAAUGGUCGUCUAUUGGAAUUACAUCUGAGGUUUUUAUCCUGGUUUGAUAACUAAAGAAAACCGUAAUUUGAAGAAAAGUUGGGAAAUUUAAAACACAAGAGCAUAAAAUGUCUAUGCUUAAAUCGAGUGGUAUUCCCAUCAAAAGUAGAUAUUUAAAUUCGAAGAAGGUAAUUGCAAAUUUUAUAGCUGCCAUAGGUUUGAUUGUCUACUCCAGUGCAAACAUUUUCUGUUAUUCAAAACAGAUACUAUUCAAUAUGAUCAACUUAUGUCUAACAAUGUGUAUUUGUUUCAAAAAAGGAAAUCACACUGCAUUAUAACUGUUUUAUUAUUUGAAAGUUCGUUUUUUAUGUCCCUUGUGUUGGACCACAGUUUACAGAAUCUCUCAAUAAACCUCACUUUCUCUCUCACACACACACAUGCACGCACGCAUGCCAAUCGCACGCACGCAUGCACACACGCGUGCACAUACACACACACCUACAUACACAUACAUCCGCGCACACUCACACUUGACAUAAACCACUGUAUCACUUGCUCCAUUCUGCCAGAACAGUCUCAAUCUGCCGGGGAAGUGUUCACGUGUUCUUGCGCGUUACCAACGUUACCUCAGAGCACUGUUCACAAAACCUCGCCUACACCUAGCAUUCUUUCUAUUACACUUGAUUCAUGGACAGUUAACCUGGGACCAUUGAGUCCUCAUGGACCAUGUAGAAAUAAUAAUCCAGCCAUUAAAACACAACUUCCACUUCUGUUAGCAUGCAAGUAGGUUUGGCCUUCCAAUUUCCCUUGUUAGUGAAUUUAUAGUUUCUGCUGAUGAAACUGUACAUUACAGUACAUUUUAUACACUUCAAUUAUACCUUAACCCCUGAGCAAAUUAAAACACAUUUGUAACUAUUCUUUUUGCCCUUUGAGUUUUUGCACUGGAGAAUUUUGUUUAUGUUUUCUGAUUGUCUCAUAGGUAGUCUGUUGGGCCCCAAAUCCUAUAUAAAUACUCUAGGGCAGUAUGCACAUUUUCAAUCAAACAGCAAACAUACAGAUACUGGAGGAUAGGAUUGUGUGCCAAAUAUUAAAAUAGUAUUUUUACAAAAAUAAGAAAUGGACAUAAUUUGUCCAGCAAUGGCUGUAAAUGGCCUUAACGGACUUCCUGGUUGGUUGGCUGCUUUUGAUUCCAUUCUUUAUUGUUAUCAUUAUUAUUAUUAUUAUUAUUUUGUUUAUCAGACUAACUGCCUUUUUAGUUUCUUUACAUAUGGUCAGGUUAUUUAAAUGGUGAUCAUUAGAGGUAAGUCUAUUUAUCUCUUCAAUUACUUUUAUCCACUUGUCCAACCAAAUGAACCUCAAAUAUUUUUUAUCAUUUAAUUUGUUUACAUCGUACUUAGUAGUUUCAAUGUUAUACAUAUUCAAAAACACAGAAAUUCAAGGGACUCAUAUUCUUAAAUGCUUCAUUACAACUGAUAUGUGACUACUUGAAAGCAGCUGAAACAAACGUUGCUCAAAUGUACAUACAUGCUAUAAACUAGAUACCUCUAGCCUUAUACUGUACAUUUGCUCAAAUCAGCUUACACAGCAUACAAGUUGUUCAUUUCCUCGUCUGGUGCUAAUGAAUGGAUAGGGUUUCACAUGAGGGAUUUCAACGGCUUGAAAAGCUCCACAUUACUACUGGCCUUCAUUGUUCUCGUAGUGGCUCAGGAUGGAAAAUGUGUUUAUAAAGAGCAAUGAGGUCUAUUGUGGUUAGUCAAAUAAAAAAUCCUAAACUAACUUAAUAAAUCGUUAAUAAACAUUCUCCAAAAGUAAUGUAACUUUCUUGGUAACCCUGGAAGAGACAAUAUUGAAGGGUUAUUUGUUGUAUACUGGCUAGGAUUCUGAAAGCCCAGUUCUGAGUAUACUGGAGCUUUUUGGUGCUACUAAUACUGCUUACGAUUCGAAUGGAAAGUGCAUUGCAGUUGCUCAGCAUUAAGGCAAUGAAGGAAAACAAAUGUAACAGAUUUUAAACCCCCCUUAAGAUGUUGUUUUUCCAUUAACCGCCACCCCUUUCAGAGAUUAAACGCGAAAAAUUCUUGCGAUUAAGAAAAUUAGGUUUUCCAGAAAGAAGGGCUUGUCCACAAGCCUAUGGCAUACCCUUAGACUACCACAUCACAUUGUAAAUAUUCUCCAUACAUCUAUGGACUACUACAAUUGUGCAUCUUAUUAGCUGGGCAACGGAAGGAAACUAAAAAUAUUAGAUCAUUAAUUUUAGAUCAAACCUACAAGUAUAAAAUUAUAUUUGAAUAAAGCGCACUGUAUUUUCCAAGAAGCCCCCACGCAAACGCCCCCCUCCCCAAGGUGCUAUUUCUAAGAAACUAAACAUGAGAUGGUGCUGUGCUGAGACUACAUGCAAAGCAAGUCUCAUCAUUUAUACCAUAGACC